AUGAAACCCGUGCCUACCAUGUUAAAGCUCUGCUCUCCAGGUGGAACUGUGAUGUCGAGGAAGCGCUUAAAAUUUGGAAGAGGUGGGGACUUGGCUCUUGGUGUUCUCGUGGAUAAGCAUUUUCCCGGUUCAGAUUAUUACAUUGACGCUCUCUUUUCAGCUCUCACCUCACCCACAGCAUUCCGUGGACACAGUAUUUCUACUGCAUUCAAAGCUGUGUCUACCGUUCCACUUGGAACUUUUGUAGGUUAUACCGUGUAUGCGGAGAUCGUUGCUCGCCACUUAGACGGCUUUCUAGCCUCUGCGGAGAGCCUUCCGCUAGCAGAUGCACUGAUUCGUCAUCUUGCUUGUAUCACUUCGUGGAAUGGUACUGGUAGUUCCAGCCAUCCAACUGCAUCUACUUUGUCUACGAAUGAAGAGUUUGCGCUGUCGACUGAUGCCUUGAUCAAUUGUCUUCUUCCACGGUAUCCUGAUUUGGCUGAGAACUAUCUCUGGUUGAGGAUUUUUAAGGCCGGUGAUAAGGUGAUCUUGAACUAA